UCUAAAAUGACUCAAGACACCAGUUCUAAGUGUGUCCAGAAGCCCAGAGCAGAGUCACCUACAACCAGCCUGCUAUCAAUGAAGAGUGAUCAGCCACCUGCUUUCAGCCAGGAACCAUUACCAGAUGACAAUAAUGAAGUGGAGAGUUUGGACAGUGAGGAUGUAUUAAAGAUCACACACAACCUUCUGGACAGAAGAAGUCAAACUCUGCUGACAGUCCAACAAGAUGUUAAGGCUAAACUGAAACACAAGUAUCAACACAUAUCUGAAGGAAUUGGACACCAUGGAAAUCAAAGUUUGUUCAAGGACAUCUACACAGACCUCUACAUCACAGAGGGUGGAAGUGGAGGGGUCAGUAAUGAACAUGAGGUUAGACAGAUAGAGAUGGCAUCCAAGAAACGAACCACACAAGAGACACCAAUCAAAUGCAACGACAUCUUCAAGCCUUUACCUGGACAAGACAAACCUAUCAGAACUGUGCUGACCAAAGGAAUCGCUGGCAUUGGAAAAACAGUCUCUGUGCAGAAGGUCAUCCUUGACUGGGCAGAGGGAAAAGCAAAUCAGGACGUUCAUUUCAUGCUUCCUCUUCCUUUCCGUGAUCUGAACCUGAAAAAGGACCAAUACAGUCUGAUGCAACUUCUUUCCCACAACUUCUCAGAGCUGAAAGAGAUUGACAGCAUUGAAGAUGGUGAAACAAAAACUGUUUUCAUUUUUGAUGGUCUGGAUGAGUGUCGACUUCCUCUAGACUUCAAAAACAAUGAGAAGUGCUGUGAUGUCACGAAGCCAACCUCAGUGGACGUGCUGCUGACAAACCUCAUCAAGGGGAAUUUGCUUCCCUCUGCUCUACUCUGGAUAACUUCACGACCUGCAGCAGCCAAUCAGAUCCCUCCUGAGUGUGUUGACCAGAUGACAGAGGUACGAGGGUUCAAUGAUCCACAGAAGAAGGAGUACUUCAGGAAGAAAAUCACAGAUCAGAAACUGGCCAAUGAAAUCAUCAAACACAUGAAGACAUCAAGGAGCCUCCACAUCAUGUGCCACAUGCCAGUGUUCUGUUGGAUAUCAGCCACUGUCCUUGAGAUGAUGCUGAAAGAGGCAGAGAAUGAUGAAGUCCCCAAAACUCUGACCCAGAUGUACUCACACUUCAUUCUCAUCCAAAUCAUUGCGAAGAACAAGAAGUACCACAAAGCCACAGAGACAAACGCAAAGGAACUGUCUCAGUCAGACAAAGAGAUUAUCCUGAAACUGGCAAAGCUGGCUUUCCAACAGCUGCAGAAGGGCAACCUGAUCUUCUAUGAGGAGGACCUGAGAGAGUGUGGCCUUGAUGUCACAGAGGCAUCAGAGUACUCAGCAUUGUGUACAGAGAUCUUUAAAGAAGAAUCUGGGCUGUACCAAGACAAGGUCUACAGCUUUGUGCAUCUGAGCAUUCAGGAGUUUCUAGCAGCAGUGCAUGCUUUAGAAUCAUGUCUGGACAAGAAGGAAAAUGUUUUCUCCCCCACUAGUGAUGAUAAAGAGAAGGAGUCAAUCCAGUUGUCUGACUUACACAGGAGAGCAGUGGACCAGGCCUUGAAGAGUGAGAAUGGACACCUGGACCUGUUCCUCCGCUUCCUUCUGGGUCUCUCACUGGAGUCCAAUCAGAAUCUGUUACGAGGCCUUCUGACACAGACAGGAAGUACAACACAGACCAAUGAGGAAACAGUUGAGAGAACAGUCAGGUACCUUUCAGACAAGAUCAAGGAGGAAUCCUCACCAGAAAGGAUCAUCAACUUGUUCCACUGUCUGAAUGAACUUGGUGCCAACUCUCUAGUUGAAGACAUGCAGACCUCCCUGCAUUCAGGAACUCUUUCAGAAACAAGACUAAAACCUGACCAAUGUUCAGCCCUGGCCUACCUGUUACUGAUGUCAGAGGAGGUGCUGGAGGAGUUUGACCUGAAGACAUACAACACAUCAGAGAAAGGUUAUCAGAGGUUGCUGCCCGUAGUGAAAACCUGCAAGAGAGCACUACUGGAUCGCUGUAAACUCACAUAUAAAUCCUGUGAGACUCUGGCCUCAGCUCUGCAGACACCAAACUCCCCCCUGAGAGAACUGGACCUCAGCGACAAUGACCUGGGAGACAGAGGAGUAGAGCUGCUCUGUGUUGGACUAACCAGUCCACUAUGCAACAUACAGACACUAGUACUGGUUGACUGUAAAAUCACACAUGAAUCCUGUGAGACUCUGACCUCAGCUCUGCAGACACCAAACUCCCCCUUGAGAGAACUGAACCUCAGCAACAAUGACCUGGGAGACAGAGGAGUGGAGCUGCUCUGUGUUGGACUAACCAGUCCACUCUGCAACAUACAGACACUAGUGUGAGUUCAAUAUCUCAAAUCAA